UCCUUCAUACUCAGCUGGGAACUACUUACAAAUAAUCAAGAACUAUGAGAGAAAAGUGGAAGGCUCUGCUGCUAUUGCUUCAGCUGCUGGCUCAUUUAAAAUCGGGUCAAGCAAUUUGGUUUCCCUGGUACUUCCAGCGCUACGGACUGGCCCCGCAUUCCUCCCGACAUGGCGGAGGCUACAAAAACAAGACAGACCCCGGGUCAACCUGCCCACCUGGCUACGAAAUGAAGUCAUCAGCGGCAGGAUUGACGGGGGGAAUGGCUGGAUGUGAACGCGUAUCGGGACCGAGAGUUGGAAACGCAGAACGCCUUUGCGACGAUAAUCCCGUGCUGAUGCAACUGGCGCGUCUCUACGUGGUAAGUCCUGAGAGGAUUGUACUGCUCCUGGCGCAGCCCUCCCUAACCGAGUCCUGCGCCGAGAUCACCGAUGUGCUGGGCAACAUACGGAAGUCCAUGCGCAACUGUGUCCUGGCCCCGGACAACAUCUACGGGAGACUGGCGGAUGGGCUGAGCUACUUUCAAUCGGAGGUCUGCGAGGGGGGCGACGGCAGCAACAGGAAGCGAUGCACCGGACUCCAGGAGUCGCACAACUGCCUCAAGGAACUCCGGACGGACAUGAUCGAGUGCGAGGCUCCGGCUGAUUGGUACGAGCGCACGAAUGCCAGCAAGGUGUGCCACAUCUUCAACGAUGUCCUGAAUUGUUACUAUACAAGGGCGGCCUUGUUGUGCGGCCUCGAGGUCGCCAGGCAGCUGAGGUCCUUCGCAGGAGACAGCAUGGGCAGGGCCAUGGUCCACAAGUGCGAGGUCAGCAAAAGGCUGCCCCGUGUUGAUAAUGCCAUGCCGAUCAGCGCAUAUAGUGGGGCCAGCUUAACUUUGUCAUGGUCAGAAAUGCAAUGUGCUUUAAGUUCUUUGGGUGUUGUUAUUUAUUUUGCAGGCAUUAAAUAUUUAUUUGGAUAG